AUGUCAUGUUUCAAGACGAACAUACGGAUUGUUGUUUUCCUGGCAAUUGCGGCAGUUACUCUGUUUUUGGUUCAACAGUCUUAUAUUGUAAGUUAACAAUAAGGCAACCUAUAAUCGAUGACGAUUAAUUUUGCGCUUUCAAGAAUUUAUUCACAUUAAUUACAUGUAAAAUCAUGGAUUGUAUCAGUCGGGAUUCCAUUGUCUAGUCAGUAUAAGGUCACUCCAUCGUAGGCCAUGGUGUUUUCGAAAAUAGUCGGUCCGUCUGAGUCUGGAGCGUCGAAGUGGCAAUUUGUAGAGCGGCUUCCAUUCCAUCAGCCGUUGAUCCCAUCUUCCUUCCUCGCGUCUUAGCUUUUCCAGCGAUUUUUCGAAUUGCUCCAUUUGGCACUCGCUCCGAAUUGACCUUACGUUGAUUGCUAGUGCCAUGAAAUCCUUUUGAUUGUUGGCUACUGGCCCAGGCAGAAUCCUUUGCGCCCGAAACGGCAUAGGUGGCCAGGAAAAGCCGACCGCUCACCGAGCGAGAAAAAUAGGAAAAAUCAAUGUUGUGCUUACUCGAAAGAAAAGUCGCGACGCAUUUUUCUACCUUCGAAAUGAUUUCAGGUUUCUGAAAAUGAUGUGAAAAUCGCAAACCACACUAUAGAAUUGGAGAAGACGAGGAUAUUGCUGUGGACUCCACGGAAUUCAGCACCCAAUCAGACCGGCUUUUUGGAAGCCGUUCACAAGGUUUGUGGCACAACGUGUGAGUUCACAAUGGACCGUGGCACCUUCAACACCUCGCACGGAGUCCUCUUCUUCCCAUUCUACCUUUGUAAGUGGCGGAAUUUACUUGUAAAGAAGUCGAAAACUUUCGAAGCGGUUGGUUAGCAGCAUAAACUCAAGACGUCUUCAGUAUAAAGGUCUUUCAGUUCACUACAACUCAACGUACCCCACAAGAUACAGCACAAAUCAAACAUUCAUCAUGUACGAAAGAGAGCCCCCAACCAGAGUGGGAACGCACAGCCUAAAGGACAAUUUCUUCAACGCCACAUCCACCUUUAUGAUGCACUCGGACAUUCCCUAUCCGUACGGCUAUUUUCAAGCAAAAUCGCAGGAAAUCGAUGUAGGAAAAUGUCCAUGCACUUUAAGAAAAUACUAAUUGAUAAUUUAAAGGCUCUACUUUCUAGCUGUUUUUUAGAGAGCAGAAUAUUACAAAAAGCUUUUGCGUGAGAUAAAGCAGAAGAAGAGCAAAGGAGUCUUCAAAGUCUUCUCUCGAUGUAUCACAUCAAGCCAAAGGGAAGAUGUCAUUGCAGAACUCCAAAAGUAGGCAUUGUCAGCAAGUAAACUACUCCGUUUGCAAAGUCGCUGGAGUGAUUUCAACGACAUUCAAGUUUUUUGCAGAUUUCUUAAAGUCUGACAGAAAGAUAAUGAGCAUCGAAAAUCGUAUCACCGCCGAGAAAAUGAAUUGUGUCGCGAGAAAACCAAAUUGCUUUUCACUUCAGCGACGCAAUCGGCGUAGCGACAUUCGCCUGACAUUACUUAAACUUGUCAAUAAUAAAAAUUUCAGAUAUCUGGAUAUUGAUCUGUACGGCAAAUGCGGCAACCGGUCGUGCGACGAAUACUGUUUCAAGGAGAAUUCGGAAAAAUACAGGUUCUAUUUGUCGCUCGAAAAUUCCAUCUGCUUGGAUUAUGUCACCGAGAAGUUCUACAGAUUCAAUGAUCUUGUGCCCAUUGUUUUCAAGAAGGAGUACUAUCGGAACGCACCUCCAAGGUCUUUCAUUGCAAUGGAUGACUUUGCGUAAGUAUUCUGGGGAGACAACAUAAAAUUUUGUCACCAGCAAGUUCGUUGCCGCAAAGAAAAUUGUCACUGAAAAAAGCGAAAUUUCGAGUUUGAAUGCCAAAAAAAUGUACUUUCAUGGGCUCCACAAAAAAAAUUUCAUGCCAUUCAAUUUCAGCAGUCUCAAGAGUUUUGCCAACUACAUCAAAUUCCUGUUGACGAAUGACGAAGCCUACGCCGAGCAUUUGAUGUGGAAAUACGACUAUGAACGACGCGUCGUAAAUACGAAGGAUCAGUUCUGCAAGAUUUGCCAAUACGUGAGGACGAACAAAGUGGUCAAGACUUACACAAAUAUCACUGAAUUUUGGAACCAUAGAAAAACAUGCGAUCGAAACUUCACCGAAAAUUUGUUAAAGAACAACAAAGCCGUUCUGAGUCGUUGA